AUGAAGAUUGGUGUAAAGACAAGUAAAGGAGAAGUGUAUAGCAUAGAGGUGGAAAGCCCAGAUUGCACAAUCUUGCAGUUCAAAGAAAAGAUAGCUGAGCAGGCCAAUGUCUCUGUUUCGAAAAUCAGACUCAUCCACAUAGGAAAGCUUCUUAAGGACGAGGAAACACUCAAGACAUACAAGCUCGAAGAGGGCUCCACUGUGCACUUGGUACUUCCAAAUACGGAAAAGAAAGUGUCCUCUGAAAAAAGCUCUCCAGAAGAGCAGAACUCUGCACUGCAUAAAUCAGCCGACUCUACUAGCACAAGAUCUGCAUCAUCGAGUGUUCCCAAUCUCGGAGGAGCAGGCAUGGGCAGAGCACCGGGCAACCCUUUUGGACAGUUUGACCCAAGCAUGAUGAAAGGCUUCUCAAGCGCAGAGGGACAGGAUGGAAUGCACGCAAUGAUGCAGAGCAAAAUGAAAGAGCUUAUGAAAAACCCAGAACAGAUGAAAGUUCUCAUGGAGGCAUCCCUUAGUAUGCAGAACAUUCCAGAGCCAACAAAAAAAAUGAUGAUGGACAACAUCAACAAGUUUGCUGAUAUGGCAAAAACAGAUCCUGAGCAGUUUGAAAUGUUUGUAAACCACAUUUUAGACAACCCAAACCUAUCUGAUCUAUAUAUGAACCAGGCCAUGGGCGGAGGAAUGCCCCAGGGAGGAUUCCCGGGACAGCAGCCAUCGGGCUCCAUGCCUGCAAACAUACCCAGUGGAAUGCCUGGGAUGCCUUCAUUCAACAGGGAGGAGGCCCUUAGCAAGUACAAAUCCGAGCUUUCAGAAUUGCAGCAAAUAGGAUACAACAAUGUUGAGCUCAACCUGAUCGCAUUAGUUUGCUCAGAAGGUGAUUUAACAAAAGCAGUAAAUCUUAUUAUGGAUUGGACAAGCGAAGAAAACAAUUAA